AUGAUUUCAGAAUUAGUCAACAAACAAUUCAUCGUCAUUGAUGAUUUAGAAAUUAAAACAAAAAAAUCCGCUUCUUCUUCCAAUACCAAUAACAAUAACAACAAUACAACUUCUCCCAUCGUAUCGGGACAAGGCUCACCCAAACCUCUCUCCCCAAUCAUUUCCCCUCAUAACAGUCGUCCCAGACGUACCAGUUCUCUCACCAAAGAUCAAUUAGAAAUUCGUAAAGUCUAUGAUAAGAUCUCUCAAAGUCCAGUCUAUAACGUUCCCGAUAAACUCAUUGAGAAGAAUCAAAAGAGUUUUUUACUAUCCAAUGAUGAGAGUUUGUUGUUGUAUUAUUUUCGGGAUUGGUUGGACGUGAUGGAAGAGCAACCGUUAGAACAGUUGGAUGAUUUUAAGAGAACGAGUAGUAGUAAUCAUACGAAUUCUUCUUCUUCUAUGCAACAAUUGAGAUGGAUUAAAAAGAAGGAUCAAUUACAAAUGAAAGUCCACUUGUAUGAUUUGGAUGAUUAUCCCUUGUAUUUUCCGUUGAGUUUGAUGAGUGAUGGAAAUUUCAAUGAUCCUGAUUUUGUCAAGUUUGGAAUUUCCUUUUCGGUCGUUCCUAGUGCGGCGACGAAUCAUGCUGUUCCUCAAGAAAAGACAUUUGUGUUUAUGGAAGAUGGGUUGGUGCAUAUGGUAGAAAAGAAUGAACCUUCUGAAGUUCAUAUUCCAAGAGAUUAUGAAAGUGAAUCGUUGUGUGUGAAAAGUGUGACUCAAACUUGUAAAAUAUUGAAACGAUUGCAACAAAUUUGUAAAGUCAUUAAGGAAUUUAAUGUGGACAUGAUGUAUGGAGAUAAUGAUAAGGGAGGAUCAUUUUACUUUUGUAGAGAAAUGGCGAAAUUAUUUUCUGAAGAAUCUUCAUUGGUUUCAUGUCUCUCAGAAAAUGUGAAACAUUUAUUCAAAGUGUGGAAGGAACGCCACGACAAAAAGUUGAAGGACGAAGAAGAUGAACUUGAGUUCCAAAAUGAUACCUUUUAUUCACAAAAUGAACACGUACCCAUGGAUGACCUUUCAAAAAUCAUCAAACACGCCUCUCAAUCCACACCUGAGGCCAUUCGUGAACAUUUAAUGCAUCCUUCUGCGUAUGAAGUGAUUCUCGAGAAGGUGUGUUGCGAUUUGCAAUAUUAUCCAACAUUGGUUGAAUUUUACACACCUGUGAAAAAGCAACACUACAAAUUCAAGUCAUAUGCAGAAUUUGAUCAAUUCCUGUGCGAGCAGUACAAUGAUAGAAACAAAAUUCGUGAAUUGAGACAAAAGCAUCCGAUGGAUUAUUUGUAUUUGAAGAUUAUGCACCGAAAAUUGUGGUGUUGUAAAGUUGCCAACUCGUUAUAUGAUCCACUUGUCUCUCGAGACCACUUGUUUGACAUCAAGGGUCGUCAAACAUUCUUCAAGGAUCCUGAAACAUUGAUUCAUCACUUUGGAGAUGCGUCUUCUGUUACCAUUGACUAUGAAGCAUUGAAGAAAUCCAAAGACGGCAAAACGGUCAAAGUCUUGUCACUCGACGGCGGAGGUAUGCGAGGUCUUGUACUCAUUGAACAAUUGAAAGCCAUUGAAGAAUGUACUGGAAAGAGAAUUGGUGAAUUAUUUGACAUUGUUUGUGGCAGCUCUACGGGCGGUAUUAUUGCCUUCUUCAUUGAGGCUGGUUUCACAAUGGAUGAAGUCAAAUCUCAAUAUUUGGCCAUGGGUCGUGACAUUUUCAACAUGCAUUCUCACUUUACGACACUCAAAAAGGCCAUCAAAUUUUUGAGAGGAAAGAGUUGGUACGAAUCGAAAAUUCUUGAAAAAUACUUUAAGAAAAAUGCUGGUGCUAUUGAUUUGUAUUCGGCAACCAAGACCAAGCCAUUUACUUUUGUUUGUGGAACGAUCAAGCCAGAGAAGGCAUUGGAACAAGGUUCUAAAGUUUCUACAAAUUUCACGGAACAAUUUCCAUUCAUUUUCAGAACGUAUACGAAUCCAUUUAUUUCAACAAAGGAGGCUGCUAAAAAGUUGUUAGAUCCAGCCAAUGAUUUCAUUUCGAAAAAUAUUUAUAAUGAUUUGUUCUAUGCUGGUACAACCACCGGUCGUGGUGUGAAAAUUACAAAUGCAUUGAGAGCAACCACUGCCGCACCAAUUUUCUUUGAUGCAGCCUAUAUUGGAAAUGAUUAUUUCACAGAUGGUGGAUUGACAGCUAAUAAUCCAUCGGUCAUUGCUCUCAGCGAGGCCAUGAGAAUGUAUCUCGGUCAUAAUAAGUUUGUGUUUGUUUCAUUGGGUACCGGAAAGAAGAGACGUUCACCUUCUCAAGAUAGUGACCUUCUUAAUUCCAACGCAAACGACACCAUCAAAAAGACUCGAGGAUUUAUUGAAAAUUUAAUUGUCACAGCUUCUGAUUUGAAACUGUUGGUGGACUUGGUUACUUCAUCCGAACGAAUUCAUGCACAAAUGGUGACCAUGGUGAAAUUAUUGAAUGAGAGAGAUCUCAAUGCUGAUAUUAGUUAUUACCGAUUUGAUCCACCAGAAGUCGGCAAAUAUGAUUUAGAUUCCGUGACACCUUCUGUGAUUGAGGAAUAUGAAACAAAAACUCGUGAUUAUAUUCGAACGAAUGAAGAAUUUCCAGCCAUGUGUAAACGAUUAUUGCAAGAAUAA